GUCCUCACCUGUGCGCUGAGCAGCCUCAGGUGGGACAGGACAACAGCAACGCACGUUUUCGCAUUUUGGAGUAUUACUUGAGAGUCCACAAGCAAACCAACAGCGUGUCCAUAAAUUACUGCAGAAAGCCACGGUUUGACUUCUGCAAGCUUAUUCUUGUCUCUUCCUGAAGUGCAGUUUCGCGGAAAUGGUUCACCUGAAGUUUCAGUUCGGACAGUGAAAUACUUUGGAGAAGUACGCACUGGCGACGCUGGAAAUGGAGAGCGGAUAAGGGAAUUCAACCCAUCAAAUCGGGAUUUUAUCAAGUUUAUACAGAGCUCCGGUGUGGGAUGUCGGCCCGGGGCUCAGUGGGGGAGCUGAUUCCCCAGGACAUGGCGGAGGUGUUUGCCCAAGAGCGGAGCACCAGAGGGGGCCGGAGGAAGAAGCGUCGGGGCUCCCUGGGCCGGGCCUUCAGCUGGCUCAAAGGCAAGAAGAAGAAGGAGCUGGGCUGCAACAGCCUGGACACACAUCCUGGAGGGACCAACGCAGCCAGGCCGCCGCCUACACUGCCACUCGGCCACGCAGCAGUAAGGAAGCAGGAGGUGGAGGUGAGGCUGGUGCCCCCACCCUUCCAGGAGAACGUGUUCCUGGAAGGCAGCAGGCCCAAGUACCUGGAGGACCUUCACUCAGAGGCACGCGAGGGGCUCAAGCUGCUGCAGCAGGAAGAAUCCGACAAUGGAGUGGACUUCAAGGAUGACCAAAGUAUCAGUGUCAGUUCAACAGUGACAGUGCAGCAGAGUGAGUAUUGCAGCUACAGUGAAAGGAGUGCCGUGGAAUCAGACAGCACCAUCCCAGACUCCGAGUCCAUUGUCUCCACACGAUCCUCGGUUUCCACCCGCUCCUCACGUUCAGGGCUAACCCGACAAGCAUCUACAUUUGGGCCCCUGAGCUCAGGGAACAAGCCUGGGAAAGCUAAAGCUAGGAGGAGACACAGGAGGACCACCGUGAUGGGGAUACCACAGCAUGUCCAGAAGGAACUAGGCCUGGACAGAGCAGCCUGGGCAGCACAGGUGUUGGAGGAGGACGCUCGUCUCCACAAUGGAGACGGUCCUCAUCCAGCAGGUCCACAGGAGGGCGCCAGAGACCAGGCCCUCCAGACGAUCAGUGAGAACCAGGCCAGGGGGGGACCCCACGAUGACCUGGCCCUUCUGCAGCCCACAGGCCCCCAGAUCUCUGCCUUGCAAAGGCCCAAGUCUGUGGCCAUCCCCUGGUUGACCACGGCCAGCAGCCUGGCCCAGCAUCCUCCCAGCCCCGUUAUGUCCAUCUCCCCUCAGGCCACUUAUCUGUCCAAGAUCAUCCCCAACGCUGUGCUCCCACCCUCCAUAGAUGUGGUGGAGAUCAGUCGGGGGCGUAGCCGGAACAGUGUGCGCACUGUCAGCAAGAGCAGCCUGCUUUUGGCCAGCCCCGCCUCCUCCAGGGCCUCCUCCAGGGCCUCCUCCCAGGCCUCCACUCUCUCCUCCGCCUCCCGCUACAACCAACCAACAUUUUCAGACAGCUCAGGGUGGAGUCGUUCAGAAUCAUCAGAGACCCUGGUGUCAGACUCCUCCACCAUCUCCAGCAGCACGGCCAGGCAGGGGCAGUCCCACGGGGAGGGAGCGUCUCCAGAAACCUCCCCUGACCAAGUCAGUGUCCGAUCAUCCUUUAGCAAGGCCUCCAGGAUCACCACAUCCACCAAUGGCAAGGCAAGGACCAGAGGGGAGGAGAGCAAGCAGGAGGGGAACAUUAUCCGGAGUAUGUCUGUAAUAAAGUCCAAGAGAGCCCCCCCCCCUCCGAGUCGCUCGUACUCCCUACACAAGGACAAGAUGAAGAGGCGCUCGCGGGACCUGGCAGAGGUCAGGGUGGUGGUGGAGUCUCCUCCUCAUCUCAGCCCAGGGCAGGGUGGGGAGGCCAGGUCUGGCUACACUGCAGACACCAGCUCUCUCGAGGAGUCCUCUGUGUCAGCCAGCCCACUCAAGCCUCAAAACAAAAUCCCAAAUGACGAUGUUGCAGAGCCUGAGCCUGCAUCCACAGACUCCUCUUCUCAGACUCAAGCCUCCAAGGAGAACGGCCUGAAGACCACUGUCUCUCCCUCCAGUGGCUACUCCAGCCAGGGGGGCACGCCCACCCUCCUGGCCAGACAAACCCACAGCGUCUCCCCUAAGCACAAGAAAGGAUUCCUGGCCAAACUGCAGAAUAUUUUCCCUGGGGCAUCUCCUUCACCUCACCAUGCACAACCUGCAACCGCUGACACCUCCAAGCCUGUCCAGGCUGACCCCGCCCCUCCAGUGGGAUGUGUCACUCCCACUCCCUCGGUUCUGGCCCUCAGAGGACUGUUUGAUAUACCACCCCAACCCAGGGUCCACGCCCCCCCAGCCCCUCCACCUGAGGUGUGGGUGCAUAACAAGUGCAGCUUUGAGCUCCUGCUGGGGCCCCCGGCCCCCACAGACACGUACGCAGCCUUGAGGAAGAACCCCAAGGACAGACGGGCGCAGAAACAGUCUGGUUCUAAAGAAGCUUCACUGAAGAGUUUGUCAGCGGAGAGAAGAGAUGGAGAACAGCCACCAGCACAGCAGACCGUAGCCGUGCUAAAGAGGGUUUCAGAUGCAGUGGAGAGCAAGGUUCUAGAAGGUCAUGAGAAGGAACAGUCAUCCUUGAUGAUAUCAAGCAGUGGAACCGCUAUGUUUGAGUCAGGAAAGUUUCAGGGAAGUUUAAUAGUCCAGGCUACUGAAAAUUCAAGUUCAGUGGUUCACGAAGAGGAAAAUGAACGUCUAAAUCAGAUGGAGUCUACAGAGAAGAAAGGGAAUGCCACAGUAGCAUGGGGAGAUGAACAACAGAAUGUCAAAGGAAGUUUUCGAAUAAACGGAACGUCAGUCAGAUUAGUAGCAGAAGGUCUAACAACGUCACAGAAAGCUGAGACUAAGACUGCCUUACAGACUACAAAUCAAGCCCAGGUGGUGAAGACUGCGUCACCACCUAAAAGUGACACGUUGUGUGUGUGUGCCCAUGCAGUAGCACGUGUGUCUCCCUCCCCCCCCCCGGCACACCUCCCCCCCUUGCCGCCCACCAAACAGACCACACCUGCGUCCCACCUCAACCAUGCCCCCCCAGAACCCCUUGUUUCCCCCACAGGGGAGUUGUCAUGGCCCCUCCCCCCUCCCCUACUGGAUGCACUCAUCCAGCCCCCCCACAGUGUCCAUGAUGACAGCGAUUUCCCCCCUCCGCCACCCCCAUUUUCUCCAAGCCAGGUUGGGCUGGAUGUGACAGAACAGAUUCCCCCUAUUGAAGAGUCACAAGGUGAAAAACACCUGAUCAUCCCCCCCCCAGAUCUCUCCAAGCAGUGUGAUUCAGUGAAAGAACCUGUUCCAAAGCUUGAUCCUUCAAGCCCUUCUGUCACAGCUGUAAAUGGUCCUGCUCUGGAGUCUUCAGCAGUGACGACCAAGGUUCGGUCCCAGAGCAUCCCGCCCCCACCUCCCUAUGCAGCCCCCCUACCCCCACCUCCCAAAGAGGCCCUAGCGUCAGCCGAGAGCAAACUCAGUUCACCUCAAAGCAUUCCUCCUCCACCUCAAAGCAUUCCUCCUCCACCUCAAAGCAUUCCUCCUCCACCUCAAAGCAUUCCUCCUCCACCUCAAAGCAUUCCUCCUCCAUCUCAGGUAGUUCUGACCUCACCACAACCCCAAGAACCUGCAAAGAUCUCAGCCCAGGAUGCUGCUCCUUCAACUGAGAGGGUUACGGUGCCCUCGCCCCCCAAAGUGAUCCCACCUCCACCUGAGAGCACUCUUACCCCACCCCAGAGCACCCCUUCUCCACCUCCCCUAAAAGACUCCCAGACACCCACUCAGGAGGCCACCUCACCACCCCAACCAGAGACCCUCCAACCUCCAUCUCAGAAGACUACCACACCAUUUACUCCACCAGCUCCUGCCACCCCCCUUAUUCCCCCAGCACCCCCAAUCCCUGUGAAGGUGCCUGCUAAUGUCCCACACCAACCCAGUGUGGUGAGCAUAGAGAGAGGGGGCCAGGAGCUGAAGUCCCAAAGCGAGACCUCCCCACCAGUGUCCUCUCCUGAGGGAGCCCUUCCUGUUGUCACCCCCUCCCUUCUGCAGAUGAUCAGGCUCAGGUCUGUCAAAAACCCUCCUUCACAGACCCAGGACCAGACUCCAAUCCAGACCCAGGACCAGACCCAGGACCCGACUCCAAUCCAGACCCAGGACCCGACUCCAAUCCAGACCCAGGAACAGACCCCAAUCCAGACCCAGGACCAGACCCAGGACCCGACUCCAAUCCAGACCCAGGACCAGACCCAGGACCAGACCCAGACAUCGGCCUCUGGCACAGCCACCCAAUCCUCCAACAGUGUUUCAAAUCCAGCCUUCACCAGCCAUGAGGCCCCCCAGAAGCCUAUACGCAGAUCACUAAUCAUGAUCUCUCCUCCUCCUGUAGAUGCAUCCCCACCUGCUGUCCUCACCUCACAACCAUCUACCGUGCAGUCCCAUUCCAACACACCAGUACUGAAUCUUCCCCCAACCUCAACCACUCUUACUUCCCCAACCAAAAAAUCCCCCCCUGCCACGACCACCACCCCCUCUAUGAGGCUGCAAGAAGCUAUCCGCUUGAGAACAGCAGCCAGAACAGCUAAAGACAGCUGCCCCUCUCGCUUGAGCAUGCACUCCCCAGCUUCCCCACCGGGGGCAGACCUCCACAAGUCUCCUUCCGCCAGCGCCAGCUUCGUCUUUUCCAAGAGUACAAAGAAGGUGGUGAUGGACCCUUCCUCCUCACAAGUAGCCACGGCCAACUUCAACAACAAGCUGGUAGCACAGCUGCCGCCUGUGUCCGGUCCCAGUAAGGCAACAGAAGUUCAGAAGAGAGGGCUCAAAGUGCCUCCACCGGUGGCCAAGAAACCACAGGCCAAGGCUGGUGAGGCUGAGGCUGGUGAGGCUGAGGCCGGUGAGGCUGAGGCCGGUGAGGCUGAGGCCGGUGAGGCUGAGGCCGGUGAGUCCGAGGCCGGUGAGUCCGAGGCCGGUGAGUCCGAGGCCGGUGUGAACAUUGAGCAUGUGCAAACUGCUGGACAGCAAGCACAGUCAGACAACAUUAAGGGUUCUGAAGGGGCCCCCAGUGGAACAACAGCAUGAGGCGCCACUCUCUCCCUUGUUAUGAGCAAGACCGAAGAGGAGAGGACCAUCAAAACAGACUUAACGACCAUGUAUACAAGAGGAUGGACGGAGAAGAGGAAGAUAAAUCAGAUGACGGAAAGUAAAAAGGUACUUUGAGUUUGAUGUUAUUAGUUUGGGUCUUUAAAUGUCUCUACCUUUUGUACUAUACAUUUAUAUUUUCUUUGUUAGAAAGUCUUCUAGCUUUCACUUUGAUAUUUUGAUCUGCUGUCGACAGCCCAAUGCUUACUGAUAUAGUCGCAACAUGUCGCCCUCUUGUGGCAUGUCAUGUCUUUACGUGAAUGUCAGGCCAACUACUGCAAGUGGGGGAGCUAUGGGCGCCUAUAUGUAUUAUACCCAAAUGUUUUACUUCUAAGAUAUUUAUAUAAUUAUAAGAAAAGAACAUGCACUAUUAAAUCCUGCUAUAUAUCUUUGAGGGCAGGUUUCGCAGCCUAGUAUAGGACUAAAGAAAACAAGCUCAAUGGAGUGUCCUGGACUAGGCUUAAUCUGUGUCUGCAAAACCGGCCCUAAAAGUCUGAUUUCUUCCAUGUCCUAAAAAUGUAUGGAGUUAAGUUAUUUUUUCCUGUGUAGAUACUUUCAGUUUCAUUUGUGAGCAUAGUGAAAUGUGCCAUCUUCCUUUACUGUUUUAUUAUAAUGACAUCUUUAUCUUUCCUCGUUUCUACACCUAUUAAUUAACCCCAAAUGUUUAUUUGUUUAUUCAUGCUACAUCUGUGUAAGGGUUGGUCCAAAUCUGCAUAUAACUUUAAAUUUGUGUUUGGUUUCUUAGUUUUUGCUGUGAAGGUACUGGAGGAUCAUCCUUCAUGUCAUUAAAUCCUUCACAUGUUGAGUCUGAUUCCGUUCUAAGUUUUUAUGGUUUUACUUAUGGUUACUGAGAAUAUAUAAAUCAUAUUCUUACCGGAUGAAGCUACUGUACUUUAGAUUUAUGUUGUUUAUUGCCCAGAGAGGAAGAUACUCCUCAACUGUGCAAUACAAAUACUUUGGAUAAUGAAUCAUUUUCAAAGUGAUUAGCAUGAUUGUAAAAAUAAUCAAAGGAAUGAUUAUUCACAUUCAUGUAUUUCAAUAAAAGAGAAUAAAUUGUCACAAUGAAUUCAUGUUUUCUCCUUUAAUUGACCCUGAUCACAUAUCUGAUGCCCAACGAUUGAUCCAGGGCCAUGCGUUUAUGGGUUAAGACAAGAGAAUAUAUAGCAUCUUGUGAUUAAGUCCAGAAGGCUCAAAGAACUAAACAUGACUUGAAGAAAAGGAACUGAAGAUCUUGAAGAACAGAACUUUCACCAGGUAACACUGCUGAUGAUUCAUGGGACCCACCAUGUUAGGGUUAGGGUUAAGGUUCCAUUUGUAAAGAAUGUUCAUCUGUAACUUAAAUGGGUAUUCCUUGCAACACCUCUGCUGGUAUGUGUUAAAUGUAAUCUGGCAACUUUAGUGAGGUGUGUGUGGUGUCGUGUCUGUCUUGGGUGUGUGUGUGGUGUCAUGUGUUUGUCUUGGGUGUGUACAUACCUGUGUAGAGUACGAUAGUGGCUUCUGAGAUGAGAUGACCUCAAUAGACAGUCCUCUUGCAAGUGUUCCUCUUGCAAAAUUUAUAUUUUUAUAAUAUACUUUUACAGAUCUUUUAUUUAGCUUUUUGAAAAACUCAUUACAAUGUUAUUAUUUGUACAAAAGAUGUCCUGUUUCAGUUUGGACCUGCAUGUGAACUGUUUUUAAAAAGUAAAUCCUGUUUGGAGUGUCCCAACUUCAAACAGUCAA